CCGUGCCCCGCCGAACCGAGCCCGCGCUCCCCGUGCCCCGCCGAACCGAGCCCGCGCUCCCCGUGUCCCGCCGAGCCUGGGCGCUCCGUGCCCCGCCGAACCGAGCCUGGGCGCCCCGUGCCGAACCGAGCCGAGCCGCGUCCCGCCGCCGCGAUGAUGCCCGGCCGGACCCUGCGCAAAACCGCGUCGCCAGCCGCUCCUGCAGGGCGAAACUCGGAGGCGGCGGCGGAGUGCGCCCUGGAGCUGACCCGCAUCGGCGACAGGUGGGACCUGCGGCAGAGGCUCCUCAACCUGCUGGCCAAGCUCUUCUGCCCCGGAACGUGGGGUGCCCGCGGACACGGCGAGCGAAGCGGAGGAGGACCUUGGCUUUGUGGGUUUGGAAGAAGAGGCUCCACAGACAUUGGGAGAUGAAGAAACCUCAAAUCUCGCUGCGUUGUAUUUGGGUGACUGCAGCCGCUGGAGGAUGGCUAUCACAUGUUUUCUCUGAAGAAUGUUACAGCAAUACUGGCAUAUGAAUGCCAGGUGGGGAAAAAAGAUAAGGACGGGCCAAACCCCUAAACUGUGCAGUGGUGACUUGGGGCAAGCCGGUGAUGUGGGGAGAUUUGGGACAAGACUGAACUUGCCCUUCGCCAUGGUCUGAGAACACUUUCAGGAACCCAGUUUCCCCAGUCACCCUCUGGUCCUCAUGUCCCAUAGCCAUAUUUCACCAAGCAGUUCAGCCCGCCUACAGGAUGAAGCAAAAAAAUCUGUCAGUCUAUUGGAACUUGGGAUCACACACCACACAGGAAAAGCCAGUUGCUGGACCUUUGACUGCUCCUCUUCUCUGAAGUGUGGAUCCUGCUGGACAGGGAUCUAGUGGUGGUUAUUAAAACUUGUUAAAGACAACCACUAUCUUUGUUAGAAGGUUAUUUGUUACAGGAUGUUGUUUUGCAGACUAAAAGUUGUAAUUCUAUGAAUUAACACAGUGUUGCAUAGUUCUAGUCUAUAGUAUAAAUAUAUAGUUUAAGUUUAUAUAUAUAUAGUAUGUGUACAUAAAAUAUAAAUGUGUGCACUGCUUGUGCAUAAAUAUUUAAUAUAACUAUUAAUCAAAAGUUGUUUGUUUUCAAAACACAGUAUGAAAAAAUGUUCAAAGCAUGACAAAAUUCAAUAUAAAAAGGUAUUAUAUAAACAACAAAAAAGGAUCAUAUUUUCUGAUGAUAAAGGAAAUUAAUCAUGCUUCAGAGAGGGAAGCAUACUUUGGCAUUAUAUAGGUAUCUGAAUAUAAAUUAGACAAAGAUACAUAGGUAAUUGUGAAAGGAUUCUUUCAAUAUUACAAAGAAUUUCUUGAUAACAGUACAAUUCUGCUGUGUCUUUAUAACUAACAGAAUAACUUCAAUAGAAGUAGAUCCUAAAGUUGAAUCUCUAAUUUUGCCGAGAAUGUUAUUUAUUCAAAGAAAGCAACUACCUCUCUUUGAAGAAAUAAUAGAAUUGAGCAUUUCAGUGGUACAAGAAAGUAGCCUUAGAUUUUUGAAUGUUUAAUUAUAUUUAUGGACAAAGGUUCUUACCUUGUACUUU